AUGGUGGAUGAUGUUCAUGUAGCGAGGAAUGCAACUUGGCCUACGAGGAUUGCGGCUCAGAUAGAAGUAGCAUUUUCGAGGCUUGCAAGGAUUACGGCUCGGCCUGUGAGGAUUGUGACUCGGAUAGAAAUGGUAUCUCUGAUGCCUGCGAGAAUUGCGGCUCUGAUAGAAGUGGUAUCUCCGAGGCCUGCGAGGAUUGUGGCUCGGCCUGCGGGGAUUGCGGCUUGGAUAGAAGUGAUGUCUCCAAGGCCUGCAAGGAUUGCUGUUCGAGUAGACUUGGUGUCUCCGAGGCCUAUAAGGAUGGAAUUGACGGAUCAGGAAUGGGGGUACGCCUAG